CUUGCAUUGGUUUUAUGCGCGGUGAUAUUCCUUUCACCUGCUUUGGCCAUGUAUAAUCUAAGAAAUAUGAAGAGUAGAAAUAGUAUUAAAGAACAAUUAAAUAAGGACUUGGAUACUACUAAAGAAAUUGUGGCUCAAGAAUCAAUUACAGGAAUUGAAUCCGAAGAGAGGUCUUUGGCUUCAAGAUACCAAAGUUAUUCCACUCCAAGCACCUCUAGCAGAGGAGGUUAUAGCUCAAAUCAAGGAGGAUCUUCUAGUCAAACUUCAGGAUCUGACAACUACCCUAGCUACAGCUCAAGCAACAGAUACUCCUCAACCCAAGGGACCUCUUCCACCUCUAACUACGGAGCCUAUGGUGGCUCUAGCUCAAGAUCGAACUAUGGGACCUCAAACACCUACAACUCUCCUACUACAAAUCCAAGCUAUAGGGCUUCUUCUAGCUCCAGUUCUGCUGGAUCUUAUAGUUCUUCUCGCCCUAAUCCUGAAUACGAAAAACUUGAGGAUAGAUACUCAAGUGGUGACAACUCCCAAUACUUAGAUGACUGGAGUCCUCAAGCCGAUUACGUUGACCACUCAGAGCCUUACAAAAAGGCAGAGUCUGCUGGCUUUGAUGUCUCUGAUCUAGGCCUAAACGGCAUGAUGAUUGAUGAGCGUAGAUUCAAAGAUGUUGUAUAAAGAAGCAACUGAGAUAUAG